AUGGAGCAGGGCGGGGGCGCGGAUGGGGCCGGCACUGGGGGGGCUGGCGGCACGGCUCCCCCCGAAGCCGAGGGCAGCACAGCACCUGCAGCCCCCCAGCCCCAAGAGGGGACAGUGCCAGCCGCCACCGCGGCACAGGGCGGAGGCACAGGUGAGCCUGGCCAGGAGAAGGCUGCAGGAGAGGCUGGAGGAGGGAAGGCAGAGCAGGAGACAGCUGUGGCUGUUCCAGAGCCCCAGGAUGGACGGGAAGCUGUUCCAGGAGAGGAGGCUUCGGCUGUGCAGCAUGAUGGAGGACAGGUAGCAUCCAUCGGGGAGAAUGUGCCAGCUGCCACCAAGGCCCAGGGUGUAGGGAAGGAUGAGAAAGAUAAACCUGGGAAGAAGAAAGCUCCAGCUGCAGGAGAGCUCAAAGGAGGAAAGGCCUCAGCUGUUGCAAAGGCUAAGGAUGGAGGGAAGGAUGAGACCAUGGAGGGGAAGGGCCUGGCUGUAACUGAGGCUCAGGAUGGAGGAAAGGACAAGCCCAAGAAGGAGGAAGCACCUGGUGGGUCAGGGGUUGAGAGUGCUGUAAAAGCAGAGUCCACUGAGGAGAAGGCCCUGGCUGCAGCAAACUCUGAAGGAGAGAAGGCAAAGCCUAUGGAGGAGACAGCCUUGGCUGAAGCUCAGGCUCAGGAUGGAGGCAAAGGAGAGCCUGCAAAGGAGAAAAUCACAGUGGUUGCAAAACAGGAGGUCCCAGCCACUGCUAAAGCUCUAGAUGAAGAGAAGCAAGAUACAAAAGCAGAGCAAGCCCCAGCUGAUACCAAGCCUGCAAAGGAGAAAACCACGGUUGCAGCAAAGGAGAAGCCCCCGAACGCUGCAAAGGAGAAAACCACGGUUGCUGCAAAGGAGAAAACCACGGUUGCAGCAAAGGAGAAGCCCCCGAACGCUGCAAAGGAGAAAACCACGGUUGCUGCAAAGGAGAAAACCACGGCUGCUGCAAAGGAGAAGCCCCCGAAUGCUGCAAAUGAGAAGCCCCCAAAUGCUGCAAAGGCUCAGAGUGGGGAGAAUAAAGUGGUAAAGGCAGAAAAAGCCCCAGCAGUUAAAAAGGCUCUGGACGGAGGCAAGGAGGAGCCCACAAAGCAAAAGGCUCCAGGUCCAGUGAAGGAGAAAGCCCCAGCUUCAGUGAAGGAGAAAGCCGUAAUUCCUGCAAAGGAGAAAGCCUCAGAUGCUUCCAAGGCUCAGGAUGGAGAGAAGGCAGCAGCACAGGCAGAGAAAACACCAGCUGAAAAAAUGGCUCAAGGUGGAGACAAAAAAGAGCCUGAAAAGGAGAAGACUCCAGCAGUUGUGAAGGUCCAGGAUGAAGGGAAGAAAACUGCAAAGGUGGAAAAAUCCACAGUUGCAUCAAAGGCUGGGCACGAAGGGAAAGAUCCGAAAAAGGAGAAGGUUCCAGCUACUGCAAAGGCUCGGGAUGGAGGGAACAAAGCUGCAGAGGUGGAGCCUCCCAAACCUGGAGCAGAGGCUGGGGAUGGGGCUGCAGAGCCCACGGAGGCCGCGGCCACGGCUGCUGUGAAGGCUCAGGGUGAAGGGAAGGAAGUGUCCAAGGGGACAGAGGGACAGCCACCAACAAUCCCCGAGCCCCCACGCCCGGCCCUGCUGCAGAGCCUGAGCUGCCCUGCUGCCUGCCACAGGGAGGAGCAGCCCUGGGCAGAUGUGGCAGGGAUGGAGACAAUAGAAGAGGAGACCACGAUGAUGGAGCCAAAAGAGGGUCCGACAGAGCCUGGCUCUGGCCCACCAGCCCUGGGGGACCUGCAGCCCCUGGAACCCCCCGGCACCCCUCAGGAGAGGACAUUGCCCAGUGCCACAGGGCAGCCCCUGGAUCCUGCUGGGGUGGCAGAGCAGCCUGGAUCUGGAGUGCAACCAUCUUUGACAGAGGCAAAGCCACCCCCCAGCCCCUACCUCACCCCCGAUUUUGGGAAGGAAGACCCUUUUGAGAUAUUGGAUGAUGUCCCUCCGCCUCCAGCGCCCUUCGCUCAUCGCACCGUCACCCUGCGCUCCGCCAAUGUCAGCUCCCAGUUCAGCCUCAGCUCCAAGGACAUCCUGGGGGGGGGCAAGUUUGGUGAAGUUCACACAUGCACAGAGAAGGAGACAGGGCUCAAGCUGGCAGCCAAAGUGAUCCGGAAGCAGGGGGCAAAGGACAAGGAGAUGGUGCUGCUGGAGAUCGAUGUGAUGAACCAGCUGAACCACCACAAUCUCAUCCAGCUCUACGAUGCCAUCGAAACACCCCGGGAGAUCAUCCUCUUCAUGGAAUAUGUGGAGGGUGGUGAGCUCUUUGAGCGGAUCAUCGACGACGACUACCACCUGACAGAGGUGGACUGCAUGGUGUUUGUCCGGCAGAUCUGCGAGGGCAUCCGCUUCAUGCACCACAUGUGUGUCCUCCACCUCGACCUCAAGCCUGAGAACAUCCUCUGUGUCGCUGCCACGGGGCACAUGGUGAAGAUCAUUGACUUUGGGCUGGCUCGAAGGUACAAUCCCAAUGAGAAGCUGAAAGUGAACUUUGGCACCCCUGAAUUCCUCUCCCCUGAGGUGGUCAACUACGAGCAGGUGUCCUACACCACGGACAUGUGGAGCAUGGGCGUCAUCACCUACAUGCUGCUCAGCGGCCUCUCCCCCUUCUUGGGUGACGAUGACACCGAGACACUGAACAACGUCCUGGCUGCCAACUGGUACUUCGAUGAGGAGACCUUUGAAAGCGUGUCCAGUGAGGCCAAGGACUUCGUCUCCAAUCUCAUCAUCAAGGAUAAAAGUGCCCGGAUGAGUGCUGACCAGUGCCUGCAGCAUCCCUGGCUCAAUAAUCUGGCAGAAAAAGCCAAACGCUCCAACCGGCGGCUCAAGUCCCAAGUGCUGCUCAAGAAAUACGUCAUGAGGCGGCGCUGGAAGAAAAAUUUCAUUGGGGUGUGUGCUGCCAACCGCUUCAGGAAGAUCACCAGCUCGGGGUCCCUGACAGCACUGGGCAUCUGA